GACGGGAGCCAACAUGGCGCCCGCCGCUCCCCCCCCCCCCUCAGGUGCGCGGGGCUGCGAGCCGCCAUUAGGUGCGGCGGUAGCGGCGCGCUGACGUCACGCGCAGCGACGUGCUGGCGUCACACGCAGCGUCUCCUGCCGGUGCGCGGUGGCCGCGGCGCUGAGGUUGCCUUCAGCAGCGUGUGGCGACGCACCCGCGGCCUCCAUGUCUUUCCUUGUAAGUAAACCCGAGCGCCUGAGGCGGUGGGUGUCGGAAAAGUUCAUUGUUGAGGGCUUAAGAGAGUUUGAACUGUUUGGAGACAAAUGAGGCGAGCUCCGAGUCGAUAGCUUCUUCCCCUAAAAGGGACACCAUGAGCAACUUCCUACCAGACAGCAGCUGCUACGAGUUGCUCACUAUCAUAGGCAGAGGCUUUGAAGACUUGAUGGUUGUGAACCUGGCCAGGUAUAAACCCUCAGGGGAGUAUGUCACUGUCAGAAGAGUUAACUUGGAAGCCUGCACCAAUGAAAUGGUCACGUUCUUGCAGGGGGAACUUCAUGUUUCCAAGCUGUUCAACCACCCUAACAUUGUGCCAUACAAAGCAACUUUCAUAGCAGACAAUGAGCUGUGGGUGGUAACAUCUUUCAUGGCCUAUGGUUCUGCAAAAGAUUUAAUCUGUACCCAUUUUAUGGAUGGGAUGAGUGAAUUGGCGAUUGCAUAUAUCCUCCAAGGAGUACUAAAAGCACUUGACUACAUCCACCAUAUGGGCUAUGUACAUAGGAGUGUGAAAGCCAGCCAUAUCCUGAUUUCUGUAGAUGGGAAGGUGUACCUCUCUGGCCUGCGAAGUAAUCUGAGUAUGAUUAACCACGGGCAGCGACUCAAAGUUGUUCAUGACUUCCCCAAAUACAGCAUCAAAGUCCUACCUUGGCUCAGUCCUGAAGUCUUGCAGCAGAAUCUCCAGGGUUACGAUGCAAAGUCUGACAUUUACAGCAUAGGGAUAACAGCCUGCGAGCUGGCAAACGGACACGUACCAUUUAAAGACAUGCCUUCCACUCAGAUGCUCUUGGAAAAGUUGAACGGAACUGUUCCCUGCCUGCUAGACACCACCACUAUUCCUGCUGACGAGCUGACUAUGAAAACCUCGCGUUCAAGUGCUAACUAUGGGCUGGGCGAGAGCAUGGCCAUUAGCAACGUGAGAGCAGCCAACGGCGAGUCAGCCCUGCACCCUUACCUGCGGACCUUCUCCGCCUGCUUCCACAACUUUGUAGGGCAGUGCCUGCAGCGGAACCCGGACUUCAGGCCCAGUGCAGGCGCUCUCCUAAAUCAUCCCUUUUUCAAACAGAUCAAGCGCCGUGCUUCUGAAGCACUCCCUGAACUUCUGCGCCCCGUCACCCCAAUCACCAAUUUUGAAGGAACACGGCCCCAGGAUCCCAGUGGCAUUUUUGGGCUGGUGUCAAACCUGGAGCAGCUAGACGUGGAUGACUGGGAGUUCUAGAACAAACAGGGACUAUACGUGGUUCUGGAGGAGCUUCCUGGACAUUGUAAUUUAUUGGUCCUGUUCAUAAAAGGUGAUGAAUGUUACAUGUAGAAGAGUUUACAGGUCCUUGGGAAGGAACUUCAGCUGCCUGUUUACUUGGAAAGUAGCCUGGAAACAAAUGGACAGACCUGAGCUGGAAAAGGCUCAACCCCAAGGAACUGUGCAAUAUCCCAGUUGGUACAGUGCCCCAGCAAGCCUCAGUCCUUGCAGCUGAGAACACUAGAGUGGGUUGAGCGAAUCUGUUUAGUUAUGGUCUCUAUUUCUGUUUCUAAAAAUCACUGGCUUCCUUGUAUCACAGUCAGAGGCUGUACGUCCCUGUCCUCUUGUUGUUUCUUUUUUAAGGGUGCCUUAGAGUUAAGAAAGGGAAGGAGGCAGCUCUUAGCUUUGGGCAUUUUCCUAGAGCUGGUCAGAUUAGUUACAGCGUUGUCACCAGGUAACUUUUGAGAGUGGGGGGGGGGGGGGAGAAAGGAGCGUGCUCUUAGUCACUGCUUUGGGGUGGAAAAUUGGAAAUAGAGGAUGACCUGAUUCCAUUUUGGGCACAUUCGCUGCAUUGGAUGUUCCUCUGCAGCACUGAGUUCUUCUCCAGUUUGGGAGAGCCCUUGAAGAGACUCCUGAGUCGAUGCUGAGUACUCUGAACUCCAGGUCAGACAGGGCAGGGCUGGAGACAGGGCAGGGCAUUCCAGCCUCUUCUCCCGUGGCUGCCUGGGUCAACAAAUGCAGUGUGUAAUUCUGUGCAACGUACCAGCAUUUUUACUCCCCACAGCGUAUCUAGUUCAGCCUUCUGUUAGCUGAGCUGGUUUGACAGCAUGAAACAUUCACACCAGGUUGUUCUCACUGACUUAACUUGGCAUAGAGGGAAAGUAAUUUGAUUUUCAUGCAAAAACCUCUUAUUCACAACUCCUCUUUCAACAUCAUGUACAGAAUUAUCUUAAGCCUUCUCUUACCAUUGCUGUUCCACCUUCCCUGACUGAAUGCCAGGUUAAAAAAAAAAAAUCCUCUGCUUGCUUUUCACAUGGCUUCCCUCGAUUCAUGGCUGUGGCAGCUCUCCCCCAUUCCAUGGUAUUUGUUUUUGGAGGUGUGUUUAAGGCUUUUAGUUUGACCUUUCCAAGGACGGCGAGUGCUGGAGGUCUUUCUACUCUUUAAUGAAGCACUGAGAAUCCAGUCCUGCAGGUGUGGUUGAUGGGAGUAGUGGUGCUGGCAACAGGUCCUUCUUGUGUUUAUAAACUGUACUUGAACCCAGAUAAAGUUUGUUACUCUAGUUUUUUGCCAAAACAAAUAAAAUAUUUCUGAAGUU